GCAAUUUGCACUAGGACCGGCUAUAGUGAAAGCCAGUAUGCUCGGGUGGACCGCGAUUCGUACACGCUUCUGUUUAUUAUAAUUUAUAAUCUAUGUUCCCUCGAUAAAAACAUCGAUAACAUUUGAACAUCGAACUGUUUUGUCUUGCAGAGAUAAGCGUCUGUGCUAUUGGACUACCUUACAUAUAGGUAGCACCCGUGAAUAGUCACAAGUAGUUAGUGGAUGGACUGCUUUGUUAGGAAAUAGUAAAGAUGGGGCCAGGAAAAGUGAACGAGGAUUUAGUGGCUGAGAGGAGGAAGUGCACAUUUGAUACACAGGAGCUGACAUAUAUCAUUGAUGGCGGGAAAGAGGAAACACAGAAGAGACAUGAAGUGGAGAACAUAGUGACGAGUAUUCCGGAGCUCCAGGAUCCUAUCCCCGAGGAGUACAUGAGUCACAAAGAGAAGUACGAGAACGCCGUGAGGCGCGCCUGCUACGUCACUAAAGCCUUGAAGAACUUCGUCAUUGAAAAUGCUACAAAGCCUGGGCCAUCAAACCGCUACCGCAGCGCUGAAGCCGCCACUAAGGACGUGACCCCCAUGGCACUUCACUUCAGCAUGUUCCUGCCGACGCUGCUCGGCCAGGCCAGCCCCGAGCAGCAGGAGAAGUGGGUGCCGCGAGCCGUCAACAUGGAGAUCAUAGGGACCUACGCACAGACGGAGCUGGGCCACGGCACGUUCCUACGCGGGCUGGAGACCACGGCCACGUACGACCCUCAGACCGAGGAGUUCGUGCUGAACAGCCCCACGCUCACCGCCUACAAGUGGUGGCCUGGUGGACUGGCCCACACAGCGAACCACUGCGUGGUGGUGGCGCAGCUGCACUCCAAGGGGGUCAAUCACGGGGUGCACCCCUUCAUAGUCCAGAUCCGGGAUGAAGACACGCACAUGCCGCUCCCGGGGGUGAAGGUCGGCGAGAUCGGCCCCAAGCUUAGCUUCUCCACCGCUAAUAAUGGCUUCCUAGGGUUCGACAACUUCAGAGUGCCCAGAGACGCCAUGCUGAUGAAAAAUGCUCAAGUGCUAAAGGACGGCACAUACGUGAAGUCCCGCCUGUCGAAGCUGACGUACGGCACGAUGGUGUUCAUCCGCGUGAUGAUCGUCACGGACAUGGCCUACUACCUGUCCGUGGGCGCCACCAUCGCCAUCAGAUACUCCGCCGUCAGGCACCAGUCCAAGCCGAAGGAGAAUGAGCCGGAGCCCCAGAUCCUGGACUACGUGACGCAGCAGCACAAGCUGUUCAUCGCGCUGGCCUCGAGCCACGCCUUCCGCGUCACCGGCCAGUGGCUGUGGACCACCUUCGUCAAGGUCAACAAAGCGCUAACGUCCGGCAACGCUGACACUCUGCCUGAGCUGCACGCCGUGGCCUGCUGCCUCAAGGCGGUCACCACCCGCGACGCGGCCUCCAUGGUGGAAGCCUGUCGCAUGUCGUGCGGCGGCCACGGCUACAUGACGUCAUCGUACCUGCCCAUCCUGUACGGUAUAACUACGGCUGCUUGCACCUACGAGGGGGAGAAUACGGUGCUGCUGCUGCAGACUGCCAGGUUCCUAGUGAAAGCGUGGGAGCAGGCGGUGGACCGCAAGGCCAUGACGCCCACAGUGGCGUACCUGGUGGGUGCCGGCGACCAGCGCGGCGCCUGGAGCUCGCAGCCCAGUGGCAUCACCAGGGGGAUGCAGCAGGUUGCUGCUGGUCGCGUGAAGUCUGCAGUGGAGGCUCUGCAGAAGCACGUCAAGUCGGGCAUGGCGUAUGAAGAUGCGUGGAAUGCCGCUUCCGUCCAACUAGUUGCGGCCAGUGAGGCACAUUGCAGAGCAGUCCUGUGUGAGGUAUACUGGACGGAGACGGAGCGUCUAGCCGCUGCGAGCUCGCGCGAGCUGGGAGCCGUUUUGAAGCAACUGGCCGAGCUCUACCUCGUUUACUGGGCGCUGGAGAAGGGAGGGGAUCUACUGCUGUAUUCAAACAUCUCAAAGACUGACAUCGCGUACCUGAGGGACCGAUACGAAGAGCUCCUCAGCCUCAUCCGACCCAACGCCGUCGGCCUCGUGGACGCCUUCGACAUUCGAGAUGAGAUCCUGCACUCCACCCUGGGCGCGUACGACGGGCGCGUGUACGAGCGGCUGAUGGAGGAGGCGCUGAAGAGCCCCCUCAACGCGGAGCCCGUCAACCAGAGCUUCCACAAGUAUCUUAAACCCUUCAUGCAGGGGAAACUGUGAUAGAAUUACGACUUUUGUACAUAUAUUUGUAAAUAAAACAGUUAUGGUCUCGGAA